AUGUUUCCCAAGCACUUCAUGACCGCCGCCCGGAUUUCCCGGCCAGCCAUCCUCUGCUGCCGGCCGCGUUUUGUCGUGCAGAUUGCUUCAAAGUGCCAGAAGGCGGUGACUGCCAAGGGCUACGCGGAGCUGCCUAGCGCAGCGGAGCGCGGCCGCUGGGUGGCGGAGAAAGAGCAGCUCACAGAGGAGCGCCUUGACAUUGAGGGGCACCCGGUGAUGCAGCGCUGGGAGACACCUUACAUGGGUAAGCUGGCCGAGGUGGCUACACGCAACGGCGGCCGUGUUGUGGAAGUGGGCUUUGGCAUGGCCAUAAGUGCCAAAGCGGUACAGUCUUACCCGAUCGAGGAGCACAUCAUCUUGGAGGCCAACCGCGAUGUCUUCAAGCGCCUUGAGGACUUCGCGAAGGGCGCGACCUCCAAGGUGACGCCCAUGGGCCCGGAGCUGUGGCAGACUUCCAUCAAACGCAUCCCCGACAACUCGGUGGACGGCAUUUUGUACGAUACUUAUCCGCUGAACAAGGAGGAGCAGCACACGCACCAGUUUGACUUCUUGCGGGAGGCGCGCCGCAUCUUGAAGCCCGGCGGCAUCAUGACCUACUGCAACUUGACGUCGCUGGGCGUUCUACGCCACGAGUAUGCCUCGUGGCAUGAGCUCUUCGAGGCCACCCAGAAGCCGCACCUGCUAGCAGCCGGGUACCAUGCGGACGAGCUUUUGGUGGAGGCCUUCCCUGUUGAGCCCCCGAGGGACUGCGAGUACUACUCCCACGACACGGCAAUGGUGCCGAUCAUCCGAAAACGUGGAAAGGCCAGUGCCAGCAGUGCCGGCUGCCAUCCCCGCCAUGUCCUCGGCACCCGCCGGAGCUUUUCGUCAUGGCGCCAGCAGUCACCAUGGAAAGGGCACCGUAGCUUUGGCACCGAAGUGAACCACGCAGCGGCCCAGCACAAGAAGAGCCCCAAGGCCGACGGCCGCAAGCUCAACGCAUGGACACAAUGGGGCGAGCUCAAAGAGUGUGUGGUGGGUGUGGCUGACAAUGCCUGCUUCCCACCGGUCCAGCCGGCCAUGAUCCCAGAGAUCAACGACCCUAUGCUGCGCAAGGUGCUGGGAGAGUGGCCCCGUGGCCGCAAGUCUCAGCGAUGUGUCGAUGCGGCCAACGAAGAGCUGGAUAACCUCGUCAACGUGUUGGAGGGCGAGGGUGUGAAGACGCUGCGGCCGGAGGUCAUGGAUUGGAGUCAGCCGCUGAAUACGCCCUUCUUUUCGGUUGAGAACCAGUACGUGGCCUGCUGCGUUCGCGACACCAUCAUCACCGUCGGCAAAACCGCCAUCGAGGCGACCAUGAGCCGUCGUGACCGGUAUUUUGAGAUCUUGGCAGUGCGCCAGAUCCUGCGGGAUCUCUGGCGUGAGGACCCGGAGAUGCUCUGGAAGGCGGCGCCCAAGCCCAGCAUGGCAGACGACAUGUACAACCUCUCCUGGUGGGAUUGGACUGAAAAAGAUCGCUACGAGCACAUGCACAAGUAUCAGUAUUGCAUCACCAACGAAGAGCCCCUCUUCGAUGCGGCGGAUAUCACCCGUUGUGGCAAAGAUAUUUUCGUGCAGCCCUCAAUGACCUGCAACUACGCGGGCAUCGAGUGGCUGCGUCGGGAGCUGGCGCCGCAGGGCAUCCGAGUGCACUCAGCACACUUCCCCUACGACCUGGCGCCGUCGCACAUCGACUGCACCUUCGUCGUCCUCGGACCGCGGCUGGUGCUCACCAACCCUGAGCGGCCCAUCGCGGAGAGGGAUGCUGCGUUCUGGAAGGAGAACGGCUGGGACUUCGUGGACUGUGGCCAGCCAGACAACCCGGAGCGCCCAGCUUUCUCGCAGAGUUCCAAGUGGCUAAGCAUGAACAUUUUUGUCAUCGGCCCGAGCAAGGUCAUUGUUGAGGAGCAGGAAAAAGGUUUGCAGGAGCUACUGAAGCAUCGAUGUGGCUUUGAGACGGUCAUCCCCGUACCCUUCCGUAACGUCUUCGAGUAUGGGGGGUCCCUGCACUGCUCCACUUGGGACACGUGCCGUGAGGACAACAUGGUCGACCUCUUCCCCAAGCAGCGCGACAACGACCCUGCUCUCUUCGAGCAGCACCUGUCGUGA